CAACACAAAAACAUCCAUGUUCCUUUCAAACUUUUAAACUGUGUUUCGAACUAUUUUUAUAUAAAGUAUCUACAAAACCAAAACUGUGAAAAUUAAGUCAAGAUUUAUAUGGUGACAAUUCAUAGUGAUAUAGUGAUGCAUAAGGUGUGAUUAUAAAUACUUUUAGUGUAGUGAUGCGAAUCAAUAUAGUCAAGUUUUCUGAAAUUCCUGGUCUGCAAGGUUGAAAAAUUGUUUAAUGCGCUAUGUCAACUUUGGGUGCGGGGACACGCGUGCUAAUCGUUUUACAAACAAGCCAUAAGACAGCCGUCGUGCUGUUUGCUACUUGUAUGCCGUUUUUAUUAGCACAGUGAACCAAGAAGGCCUUACCUGAUAAAGAACAAAGAUACAACGUUAUCGACCGCCACCACAUUAGACUACAAUAAACCAAAAAUGGACACAAGUACGACUGCCUCAGCCCAAGACGACGACACGGACUGGUCAAGAAAUGCGACGAUAGAAGAUUAUUUAGGCCAAAACUCCACACAAGAAGUUUUUGAUACGCUGUACGAUGUACCAACCGGUAUGAUAGUGUUGCUAUCAUUUCUUUACGGAUCGAUAUCGGUAUUGGCUGUGAUUGGAAACUUUUUGGUGAUGUGGGUAGUUGCUACGUCCCGACGUAUGCAAAGCGUCACAAAUUGUUAUAUAGCUAAUUUGGCUCUAGCUGAUAUUGUUAUAGGAUUAUUUGCCAUACCAUUCCAAUUCCAAGCAGCGUUGUUACAACGAUGGCUGCUCCCACACUUUAUGUGUGCAUUUUGCCCUUUCGUGCAAGCGCUGAGUGUGAAUGUCAGUGUUUUUACUCUUACGGCGAUAGCCGUCGACAGGCACCGAGCUAUAAUAACACCUCUCAGUGCACACACCUCAAAGCGAAUAGCUAAAGUGAUAGUUGUGUUUAUUUGGAUCCUGGCGCUAUCGCUCGCUGCACCCAUGGCGAUGUCUUGGGAAGUCGUGAUGGAGGAGGAACAGGACCCAGUUUCAAAAGUUUUUUAUGAAAAGCCGUUUUGUACUGCUAGCGAAUUUGGCUCCAAUUCAUUGGCGAUAUAUCGCCUUUUACUGUAUGUAUUUCAAUACGUCAUACCCCUAUGCGUUAUUACAUUCGCAUACGCACAUAUGGCUAUGAAAUUAUGGGGUGCUAGGGCGCCUGGAAACGCUCAAGAGACGAGAGAUGCCAAUCAUAUGAAAAAUAAGAAAAGGGUUAUAAAAAUGUUGGUUUUAGUGGUGGCAUUGUUUGCGAUCUGUUGGCUCCCUUUACAAAGUUACUUAUUACUGCAAACAUUUUUUCCAUCCAUUAACGAGUACAGAUAUAUAAAUGUAAUUUUCUUCUGCUUUGACUGGCUCGCAAUGAGUAAUUCAUGUUACAAUCCAUUUAUCUACGCUAUAUACAAUGAAAAAUUCAAAAAGGAAUUUAAGCAGCGCUUCACAUUUGGACAGAAACGGAACAGAUUCAAUAACGACAGCUACGAGGAUGGACAAUCGUAUAGAACUCGAGUGUUAUCAAUCCGUUCAUCAAAUGAGAGAAGUGUUUAUUCGAUGCGUAAGUCUAUUAAUGUAACACCGAUUGACUCCAUGAAAGUUUCAAGAAACUCUUGUAACUGCUCACGGAAUCAAAAUAAACAGGCGAAUAUCGAAAACAACUUUCGACUGAAAGCUAACUCCGAGUUUGAAUCGUAUAGAAACGGCAACAGAUAUAAUAUAUCCCCAACGCCUAAAAGAAAAACUUCGAAAAGGAUUUCCAGUGAUGACGAAAUACCAAUCGGUGAUGAAAGAGUCAGUGAAUUGUACAUAUUUCCUAAUAGUAAUAUUGUUGAGUUUACAGACAUUGUAUGUGAUAAUAAAGUUUAG